AUGGGCUUUACCAUUGAAUCACAGGGCGGGACCAGCCCACUGAGCCCUCAAGGUGUGCUCAGCACACUGGUGCUUGCGGCGAGCUCAAAUCAGCACCAGGUUCGAGCAGGUACCGAGCAGCUCCAAAACUGGGAGAAGCAGGGCAUGUACCACUCUUUUCUACAGGAUGUCUUUCUUGACCACUCAGUCCCAAACGAAGUCCGGUACCUUGCAAUCAUCCAGCUGAAAAAUGGCAUUGAUAAAUAUUGGCGCAAGACAGCAGCAAAUGCAAUCAAGCAGGAAGAGAAGCAUCACAUCAAGACGAGGGCUUUGGAGGCAGGGAUCGUCGAGCCUGCUCCGCUCCUGGCUCUUCACAACUCGUUGAUGAUUGCCAAGAUCAUGCGCUUCGAGUUUCCCCAGGACUGGCCCGAUGCUAUCUCGUCGAUCAUAUCUUCCCUGCGAUCCUCAACCCAGCCAGAGGUCAACCCGCUACAACUGCCUCGAACCCUUCUCAUUCUCUUGCAAAUUAUCAAGGAACUAUCAACAGCACGGAUCCAGCGAACUAGACACAACCUACAGGCCGUGUCACCCGAGAUAUUCCAGCUGUUGGGGGGCAUCUAUGUGGAGAAGAUCAACCUAUGGGGCUCGGUAUUGGAGCAGGGUGGUGCCGGCGGGGAGGAACUGCUUCAUACGCUCGAAUUGAGCUUGGUGUCGCUCAAGGUCCUUCGGCGCUUGAUUAUCGCGGGCUUUGAGCACCCAAGUCGCAGCCAAGAGGUGCAAAACUUCUGGGUACUCACCCAUUCGCAUUUCAGCAAAUUUUUGUCCUUUGUGAAUGGACCCACCAAUCUCCCUGAGCCAGUCCACAAAGCUAUCGAGAAGCAUCUGCUGCAAAUGUCCAAACUGCACGUUGAAAUGGCCAAAACCCACCCCGCAUCGUUUGCGCUGUUGCCCGAUAGUAUUCCGCUUGUCCACUCGUAUUGGUCAUUAGUUGUCAAGCUCGGAGAAACGUAUGACAGCCUCGGCGCCGGUGGCGAGGACGAGGACAAGCCGUUGAUCGAGAAAACGGGCCUCCGGGCUCUGCUCUUGAUCCGGGCAUGCGCGAAAAUGGCCUUCAACCCUGCGCAAACCUUCAAGUACCAAACACCUGAAGACAAGGAGGAACGAAAACGAUCAGUCGAGCUGAUCAAAUCACAACUCUUCACGCAUGAAUUCGUUGUCAAUGUGAUGGAGCUGCUUGUGACGCAAUUCUUCCGCUUCCGCAAGAUCGAUUUCCAAGAAUGGGAAGAAGAACCAGAAGACUGGGAAAAGCGAGAGGAAGAGAAUGUUGACGCCUGGGAGUUCUCUAUCCGCUCUUGCUCUGAAAGACUCUUCCUUGACCUUGUCAUCCACUUUAAGGAUCUUCUCAUUCCUCGGCUGUUGACCGUCUUCUAUUCCUUUGCAAAUACCGACAAUCAUGAGGUUGCCUUGAAAGACUCGUUAUACUCCGCCAUCGGUCUAGCUGCGGCCAGCCUGGAACAACACCUGGACUUCAAUUCUUUCUUGGAGCAGACCAUGGUUCCUGAAGUCCAGUCCCAAGAACAAGAGUACAGGCUUCUGAGAAGGAGAAUUGCGCUUGUGCUGGGCCAGUGGGUGCCAGUAAAACCCGGCGAGCUGAACAUGAACGCAGUUUACCAAAUCUUCCAACAUUUGCUCAACAGCAGUGAUCCUUUGAACGAUCUUGUUGUGCGCAUCACUGCUGGACGUCAACUCAGGAAUGUGCUCGACCCAUACCUAUUUGCACCUGAAGUCUUCCUGCCAUUUGCGCCCGCAAUUCUUGGAAGCCUUAUGUCUCUUGUUCAAGAGACUGAGAGCUCUGAAACGAAAAUGGGCCUUCUGGAGACAGUUCGCACGGUGGUGGUCAAGCUUGAAGACCAUAUUGCCCCCUUCUCCGACCAAAUCAUUUCUCUGCUUCCUCCGCUGUGGGAGAGCUCAGGAGAAGAACACCUCAUGAAGCAAGCCAUCCUGACGUUGCUCUCGUCUCUUAUCGGCUCGCUCAAAAAAGAGUCUGUUAGAUACCACUCUCUCAUUCUUCCACUGAUUCAAAGCUCAGUGGAACCUGGCUCGGAAACCAUUGUGUAUCUUCUGGAUGAAGCUUUGGAUCUCUGGCACGCAAUCAUCCAGGCCACACCCAGCCCUGCAUCACCCGACAUCAUAUCACUUCUGCCCUGUCUUUUCCCCAUUAUGGAGGCUGCGACAGACAACACACCACAGGCUCUUCACAUACUCGAAUCAUACGCCUACCUUGCGCCCCAGGAUAUUCUGAGUGACCGUUUCAGGUUCCAACUGUUACAGAUUCUCGAAUCACUCCUCAAGUCCACCACCAAGCAGCGGCUUGGUGUGAUCCCUCGCGUCGUCGAACUCAUCAUCAGAGGCGCCGAGGCUGUCGAUGGUGGUAGUGAAGCAACUUACCGCAUCGUUUCGCAAUCUCUGGUAGAAUCAUCUUUCCUUGCAUCAUUGCUCGAAGGACUAUACUCCGCUCAUGAGGCCAGUCAGACUUCUGGGCCCAACCGAAAAACCUCCCCUGUGGUCGGCGUUGUCGAGACCGACUACUACUCUGUGUUAGCGCGUCUGGCGCUGGCCAAUCCUGCUAUAUUUGCUUCAUCGGUCGCCGCAGCGACAAACUCAUCCCAAGAACAGUCCCUCUCUUGGAUCGUGACCGAAUGGUUCUCGCAUUACGAUAACAUCGGCAGUGUCAGCCAAAAGAAACUCCAUGCCCUCGCCCUUACCCAGCUUCUUGCCCUACAGGAUGCUCCUCUAGAUCCCUCUCUACCCCCUCCUCCCCCGGCAUACAUGCUUUCCCACUUGCAGUCCUACCUUAGCAUGUGGACCGACCUCGUCACCGAGCUCGCAGACGGUGGAACCGACGCAAAUGCCGACUACUUGGUAUGCUGGAAUGCGCCUGCCGGAUCCGAAUAUGCUCAGCCGGAAACCAACCAGGAGGCUGACUCGCCCGAGACUAUCCGACGCAGCGAAUGGCAGUCGGGAGAUGUGAUCCAUCGUUUCAUGAUCCGAGACUUUGUUCGCCACCGCUUACAGGAAGUCAUUUCGGGCUGCGGUGGGGCCCAGCGAUUCCAGGACGAAUGGCUAGUCAACAUUGACUCGGAUGUGGUCUCUGCAUUUGGAGCUUUGGGCUUGCUUUGA